AAAAUCUGCUUUCCUCGCCCAAGGGAAGCCGGCCUGGCUGCCGCCCCGCCCCCGUUCACGGCCACUCAAUAAAGGGAAUGCCUCUCACCCACUUCCAGCUCGACACGGUCCUCGUCGUCUGCUCGACGAUCGCCGUCUGUGCACUCGAGGACCCGGUCGCGCUCGUCAAGGAGGGCCUUGCGCGGCUCGCCGAGUUUCCAAACCACUACGAGACGCAGUACGACUUUGUUGAGCACCCGCUCAACGGGACGCUCGCGGUCUCCCUGUUCCUCCUCUCCACCUUCUCGUGGGUGAAGACGUACCUCGUCGAGAGGACCGUCGUCAGCCGCGCGCACCGCAAGAUGACCGCCUCGACGUGGUCUGCGACACAGCCGUGGACGCACACACCGACGGUGGUGGCGGUGCACGGCUUCUUCUCCUUCGUGGAGCUGUGCCUCGGGCUGGGCGCCAUCCUCUACCGAGACAACCCGCUCUGGGCGCGGUCGGCGGCGGCGGUGGCGCUCUUCAUCAACGUGCCGACUGGCGCGCUGCUCACGCCGCGCGUGGGCAUCAGGCACCUGAUCAUCCCCGUGUUUGGGCUGUACGGCGUGCUGCGCGCGCUGGAGGCGUUCAAGGUGCUCUACCUCGACCACCGCCUGCUGCCGAACCUCUGGAUCCUCCUCCAAGUCGGCACCAUCGUCCGGCUGCUCGGCUACUUUGUCCUCCCCUUCUCCUCUGUCGACGGCACGCGCGGCGACCUCUUCACCGAGCCCGUCAACUACACUCUGAACAUCCUCCUCUCGGGCUACAUCAGCGCCGGCUUCGUCUACCCGCCCGUCUGGCUCCUCCUCUCGCUGCUCGUGUACGCCACUGCCUACCGCUUCUGGCCGCCGCAGUUCGCAGCACGGCUCCGCCCGCGGCUUGCAGGCGACGACAUGACCGAGGCCGAGGCGUGGCGCGACGCGUGGCGCGAGUCGGUGGCGCGCAAGUCGAGCCUCGAGCGUUCGAGCCUCGACGAGCGCUCGUCGCGCGACUCUGCGGGCCGCGUGGAAGGCCCUGGCGGCGCCAGGCUCAGGUCUCGGGCGACCAUGCUCUCGGAGCAAAGGUAAACGCGCUCUUUGCGGUCCGUGGGGCGGCGACCUGCCCCACUUCUACAGUGCGGCGCGGCGCAGGCGGCCGUCGCAGCUGGCGGCGCCGGCGGCGCACACCGGUUACAUUUCGCGAGUGACUCUUGCAGUGCAGUGGUGCGGCGCCCGUGGGGAGGGCGGCAGUGGGUGCGGGGCGGCUCGGCGGGGCGGUCGACGCGUAAUUGGCUGCUCCCCAGCCCGGGCGUUGCGACGCGGAGGUUCCGCGAGCGAUGCCGGGGCAGAUACUGCGGGCCUCCGCGCAGCGGGGAGGCCCGCAGCCAGGGCCGCGGCUUCUGUGUGGCGAUUGCGGUCUCGAGCCUUCUGUAAACUGUUCCUCUGUUUCCCCGGUGUCGUGUCCGUGUCGAUAUAAAGUUAUUUGUGCGCACCGUUUGUAGGCGCACCCGAAAGAUGUGAUCGUUCAUCUC